AUGGCCAACGGCGGAGGCGGAGGUGGCGGCGGUGAGCACCUUGUCCAGAUAACAGCCGGCGGCGGCGCCGGGCAAGGCAAGGAUGCCGCGCCGGAGAAAUGGCUGAAUCGCUUCGUUCUUGCCUUCGUGCUGAUGGAGAGGCUGGGCAACGCGCUUGGCACGCUGGCAUUCACGUGGGCCACCGUCGUCCUGCUCGGCGGCUACGCCAGCAAACUCACCUCCGAUGGUGAUUUUGCGUUCGCGACAACCUUAAUUUUCUUAGAGGCCGUAAGGAUGUUCACCCGUGACAACAAUAGACUAGAUUAUCAACUGUUCUUCAAUACUAGAGGAGCUUUUAGGCCUCUUGGCUGGAGUGGACUGAUUGUGAUUGCAUGUUUUUCUGGCAUUCUGGAAUUCCUCUCAAAGUUCCUCUGGAAGGACUUGAUGAUGGUCGAUGUGCUCUUAUUGGCAGCGGCACUACUACUACUUGCACUUGGCCGGUUAAUAACUGUUUUGUUUCAAAGAGCUCUGAAACGACUCAUAUACAAUUGGAUGCGUCGUGCCGCAUCAUUGUGGACUCUAUGGAGUCCAUUAGUUGCAAUCGUAUUGCUAGCUCCCUCUAUGUCAAAAGACCGGUCCAUGAUUCAAUGGGGAGUGUUCGCAGUACUACUUGUGGCAGUGGUCAUAGCAACAAUAAGCAAUCUGCGCUACAAAAGAAUCAGCAAACUAGUAGACAAUGUUCUAGGCAGCAAACAAGAAUUUUGGCGCAAGGUUACUAUAAACCUGUGCAUGAUUGCUGCUCUAGGGAUGCUGAUGUACAUGCUUGAUGAAAAUGAGAGAUCUAUGAUGAUCACAUUCGAGGUAUGUGCCCUAUUGAUAGUGUCAUUUGGCAACUUACAGAUUCCAGCAGCAGUUGUGCGGGUCAUGCUAGCAUUAAAUGAGCUUAGCCAGCCUGCUGCAUAUGAUGAAAGCAAGGAUGGCCAAAAAAACAUUAAAGCCUCUUUAAGAAUCUUCUAUGGGAUGGUGCUUGGACAAGGAAUACUCUAUGCCGUGGCCUGCAUGUUUGAGUUCUUUUCUUUCAUCCCUCGAAGAUCCCUCAUCCGCGGUGGUGGAUUUAAAGGUCAGUGGGGAAUGAAAUCUGUCAAUAUGUAUUACGCAUUUGCGUCAGAGAAAUGCAUGCAAGGGGGUGUGCUUGCUCCAAAGAAGAUCAACCUCAGCACCUUUGCCAUGGGUUCUGUGAACUCGGAUUCAUCCAAGAAUCAGCUCGCCGGGAUACGAAUGAUGCACAACUUUAUGCAAAGUCAACCAACCAAGGCACAACUCCUUUCAAAACUCGCCACUUCUACCAAGACGAUGGCCAGAAUAAUCAGAAUGUUGGAUUGGACAAGUCCAAAGGAUACAGCUAUCAGAUUAUAUGCCGCAAAGGUCACUGCAGAGCUUGCAAAGAACCUCCGUGCAGGCACUAUCCCUGGUACAAUGCAGCUUGUAUCUGCACUUCUUGACGCUGAUUGCAGACUGGAAAGAGGAAACCCACUCCUAGACACUGAUGAUGAACACGAACGAAGACAAGAUCCAGUUCUGAAUACAGAAGAUAGCAGAGAGGUGGCUGAUAACCAAUUCCAAACACAAGCUCAACUUCGGGACACUGAUAUCUUGCUGGAAACAGAAAGCAGAUCAACCCAAGAAGUUGGCAUGAACAAACAGAACUCGUGCGUGCUCAGAUGCUGGCAGCAUAUUUCAGAAUUCUGGUCAAUACCCAAGGAACAGCUGCAGACAGACCACGAUCUUCUACCUGCAAUAGCGAUGUCAAUUAUUGAAAGUCUUGCUGGUGUUGACCAGGACAACUGUGUGGAGAUCAGCAAAGCAGCUGACCUCAUCCCGAAGAUCAUAAGAUUCACAAUCUGCAGAAGUGACACGAUGAAUACCAAGGCACAACAAGAGAUCCUGCUCAAAUCAUCACUGAAGGUGCUGCAAAGGCUCACAAGCAUUGGCGGGGAAAUCGGCAUCACACUGCGGUACAAGAUAACAGAACACCCCUUUCUAUUGAGUAACUUCUCAGACAUCCUUGGAGAUGGCAAGAGCAACCAGAUAUCGAGAAAGUUGGUGGCAGGAAUCCUCAGAAAUAUUGCCGUUGAUGAGAAAACAAGGCAGGACAUUGGUCGCUUCCAAAUGAUCAUCACCAAGCUGAUGCAGGCAUUUUUCAACUCAGAAGUAACUAUGAGUACCAAUGCCGAUCACCUGUCACGGAAGGUCGCCGGGCAAGCACUGGCAAUGCUGACAAUACAAAGCGUCCAAAACUGCUUGGUUAUAUCGAAGGAGCCAGGGAUCAUGAAGGAACUCAAAAUCUUGAUCCAUGAUAGAAGGUACAUAUAUGUGGGGGCAAGCCUGCUGCGUAAUCUGUGCCUGCACGCUCGAUCCGAGCUCACAGAGUCAGACCUGAAGGAGCUAUCUCAUACGUUGAGAGAGGUGUUGGAAAGAAUACUGGACGUGGAUGGGGCAGAACUAGAGAUCCUGAUUGGGCUUAGUUCACAGAUAUGUAAAGUUAUUCCUGAAGACUUUACCCGAGAACUAGAUGAUGGUCAGAUUAAGCCGAGAUUUGCGAAGAGGCUUGUUGACACACUAAAAGCAAACAUGAAACCUAGUGCUCAUUGUCCUGGGAUCAGGAGAGUGGUACUCGAGCAAGUCAUACACUUGAUGGAGUAUAAUUCUCGCUAUGCAGAUUGCUUCAACGCGUUCGGGAUGACAGAUGCACUGUCAAUGGUAGAACAAACACCGUCAAAGGCUGAAAACUACAGGCUCUUCUUGGGAGAUGCAGGAUUCAUGGAGUAUGACACGCUUCUCUCCGAUCUUGUGGCCAGGGCAAAAGAACUUAUGGGCUGUGACUGA